AUGGAACCUAGUUCGUCAGUCAUGGUUUCAAGAGAUUCUACGACAAUCAGGAUCCAAAGUGUCGCAUUGAUGACAUACUAUCCGUCAGCCAAUGGUCUAGCAGAAGCAUUCAACAAAAUCAUAGUAAAGCUCCUCAAGAAGUUCGUCUCCAAGAGCAGACGUGAUUGUGAUGAAAAUCUUAGCGAAUGUUUGUGGGCCUACCACACAACGGUGAAGACCCCUACGAAAGCCACCACAUUCUCUUUGGUAUAUGGCUACGAAGUUGUACUACCAUUAGAAAUCCAAAUCCCAUCUCUGAGAGUUGCCCUUGCGAACAGGAUGACGGAUGAAGAACAACAUCGAUUGAGUCUUCAAGAACUUGAAGUGUUGGACGACAGGCGACUUCAAGCUCAACAACAGAUCGAGUUGUAUCAAGCCCGAAUCUCCAAAGCUUACAAUAAGAAGGUCAAAGAGCGAAUCUUUAAGAAGGACGAUUUGGUCUUAGCUGUCAGACAACCUAUGGUGAUGACACACAAGACUAAAGGGAAAUUCAAUCCUGAGCAGGAAGGACCCUUCGUAAUAGAAUCAGUCUAUUCAAAUGGGGCAUACCGUCUCAUCAACCAGAAAGGCGAUAGACUCAUGAUGCCUAUCAACGGGGAAUUUCUUAAGAAAUAUUGCCCAUAA